UUCUCAUGUUUCAUUAGUCUGUGCAGCUCUCACCGCUUUCUUUUAAAUAGAUACAUUAACUACAGGUGUCACUGUUUGGUGUCAGGACAUUGCUUUUGCUUAGAUUAAUCAAUAAAUAUUUCAUUUGCUUGAGCUGUUAGCGAUAGUGCUAUUAGCUUGCUCUGUGUUCUAAUUAGAUAAAAUGUCAACGUUGUGUAAGAAGGAUCGAUACCGGUGUGUGUUGGUAUUUACUAAGAAUGGAGGAAGAUGAGAUAACAUUGAAUGUUGGAGGGACAUUAUUUGUUACAUUUCGGGAAACUUUAAGUAAAUAUCCUACUACUAAACUUGGUUCUCUGAGUGACAGCUCUCCAUAUUACCGGAAACGUAAAAAUUAUUAUUUCUUUGAUCGUAAUCCAGAUUUAUUUAAUACAAUCUUAGAUUUUUAUCGAAAUGACAUUCUUCAUUUUCCAAGUCAUGUUUGUAGUGGAUUAUGGCAUCAAGAGUUACGUUACUGGGGACUCUCAGUCAGUGCAAUCUCAGAAUGUUGUUACUCUACAUAUGUUAAAUAUAGCAAUGAUGACAUAGUUAUACAAAAUCUUCGUCGAACUUUAGAUGAGGGAAGUGAAUUCACUCAGGGACAUAUAUCACUGAAUACUAGCGAUAGCAAAAGUGAUUUGGACGUUAGUAAUCCUUCCGAUCAGUCGCUUAACCUGCGAAGUAAAUUCUGGAGAUGUCUAUCCAAUCCACGGUCUUCCACAAUAGCACAGAUUUACAACUGUCUAUAUUUCCUGAUGGUAUUUUUAUCUGCUUUGCUUGCCAUAUUUCAUACGAUUCCAGAGCUGCGAUCAGGUGAUCGAGACUUCAACACAGAUCUGAAUAGAACGGAGAUAUAUGCUCUUUUGCGCAUCAAUACAAACAACCGAAAGGAGGUAGAUAUGGGUACCAAGGAAUUUCCAUUAUGGAUGAUAAUUUUGGAUUUGCUACUGGCAGGGUUUUUCUCCGUUGAAUUAUUUGUACGUAUAAUGAUUUGUCCAAACAAAAAAGAAUUCUUUAGAGAUUGGUUGAAUAUAAUGGAUGUGAUUCUAUUUGUAGCUAUUUGUAUACGUUUUACAAUCGAACAAAAUCCAGAGUGGUUUUUAUUAUCGUAUGACAUCGUCAUACUAUAUGGAGUUACAUACAGCGUGACAGUCUUUCGUCUCUUCCGAUUUUUUCGAUUAGCAAGACAAUUUAGUGGUCUUUACGUUCUGUUGUUAGCUUUAAGGUCGAGUUGGAAAGAAUUUAUUCUUCUUUUCUGUACCGUUUUAUUAUUUGCUCUUUUAUUUGCCAGUUGUAUAUUCUAUGCAGAAUAUAGAGAACCAACAACUUUUCCUCACAUGCUUAGUGGUCUGUGGUGGGCCAUUAUCACCUUGACAACUGUUGGUUACGGGGAUCACGUGCCAAAGUCAGCUGGAGGUCAACUCAUUGGAUCCAUGUGCGCAACUUGUGGAAUUAUUGUUCUCGCAAUGCCGGUUGCCAUGAUUGUGGCUAAUUUCAACGACUAUUACCAAAAGAACAAAGAUCGUGAAAAAUUUAAGGAGCUGUACGAUUUUGAACAAAAACGAAAACUUGUAACGCUGGAUAUGUAGUAAAGCUCCAAAAUGUACAUGUUUUAUCAAUGUAGAUCAAAAGUGGAUUUUAACUUUAGAUUCUAAAAUGCCUCAAUGAUAAGUAAUUGGAUUCAUAUUUUAUUAGGCAUACACGAUUUUUGUAUGUUAUCUGAUUUAGACAAAUUGCCAGGCAAACAAUGGCAUUGAUGGGCAUUACUCAUAAUUUUAGUGAUGAAAGGGGUUGAUUUUGACAUGAGACUUUGAUAUAAGUGUAGUGGUUGAUUGAUUACUGGAUGGUACCGACCGUGCAAGGGCUAUACCAAGUCAAGGUCGUUGAAAACUUUCAUCGUCGUACUGGAUGGGUAGCUGUUUUUAAAAAUGUUAAAAAAAAUUAGAACUUCCCUUUUUCUGAAUUUGAAUUGGAGUUCAGUGGUUCUUUUUGUACCAAUUAGUCGUAUUUAAUACACCAUGUACAAUGUACACUUAGUCUAAGAUCUUGAUUUAAUACGGUCCUAUUACUAACAAAAAAAUAAAAAUAAAACGGAAUAAGGAGAAAUGCAAUUAGAUAAACUAGUAGGGAAAUAAAGGGUUUAUUUUAACCUAUAAUCAUGGUUUACUUUUUAAAUUGUUACUUGGACGGAGAGCUGUCUCAUUGGCACUCACACCACAUCUUCCUAUAUCUAUUUAUGUAUUAAUGGUAAUUCCACAAUUCGAUUAAAACACAAUACCCUUACUAAAAAAACAAAAGGGUUCAUUUUUUUUGUUUCUUUAUAGUGAUUUCCACGAUUAAAUGGAAUGUUUAAGCAAAUGGGAAUUUUUCAAAUACUUGAAAACUUGAAAACACUUAAAAACACUCUCAUACAAAAUUACACCCAUUUUUUUACGAGAUUAAGAAUUCUUUUAUGAAUAUAAAUUGUUUGAAAGAUCACCGCUUAUGAUUAAUGAUGUGCUAAAUAUUACAUUUUUUGUUUGAAUCUUUAAUAUGUUGAAACGAAGUUACAAUAUAUCAGAUGCAAAUGGUGUGUCGAGUAGUUUUUGAGUAUAUUAACCUAAUAUAUACAGUGCUUUAUUAUCAUAACUUCCAAUAUCAUUACAUUCAUUUGACAUUUAUAUGUAUCUAAUUAUCAAUAUUU